AUGCCGACUUCCCUCGACCUCGAGCUCGAGGCUCCGCACAUGCGGCCAGAAGCAUUGCCGUGGGAGUCGGUCAGCAGCGUCAAGACUUUCGCCAACCUUUCGGUACAAAAGAGCCUCACCAUGGUCAGCCUACCGGCUGUGGUAGACCUAAGCCAACUCCUCUUGCCAGGAGAAGCGGGUGAAGAGCGGCGGUUGAUGACGGGACAGGAGACCCUUCAUGUGGAGAUCCAAGGGUACGACAACGGGGUAGCAUUCUCACUCGGCAAGGCGUCCAUACCGCUUCCCACGAUGCCGGUGAUGAUGGAGCAGUCGAGCACGUCUCAUCACCCGAUGCGGGUGUGCUUGACAGGAGCAGAGGACGUGCGAACAGGGACGUUGGUAGGGGCCUUCCGAGCUUCUUGGUCGUCUGCGGACGAGCCCUUCCGUGAUGUUGACCCGAAUCUGAACGUUAUUCUCCCACAGCAGCAGUCUGAGCCUGGCCCUGCGGUGGUAGAGUCUCAAGAGAAGAUCGCGGAAGACGUCAUUGACCAAGAAGCCGAAUACCCUAGGCUCGGAGAACAUUCCGGAGAGUGUUUCGUGUCAAUGUAUCCCAUGUUUCAAUGCAUCAAUGCCCAUCUACUGUAUCUUGCCGUCGGCCACGAACUUCUUGCCGUUGCCCCUUGCUCUCGGCCUUAUCCCAAGCCGAUCCAUCAAGGUUGGGAAAACCAAGCGAUUGCACUAUUAGAUGAGGCCACCAGGGUUCUGGCUGCCUCUAGGUCCUCCUAUUCAAGACGGCAACGUCGUCCGUCCAACACAUCUGCAGCAGCAGCGACCGACUUUGCCUUCGAAGAUCGAAAAGAGCAUGGCGAUGGAGAUGCCCAUAAACGACAGCAGGUUUCCGAGGCGAUCCCGGCGAACACAUGGGGUACAGGAUAUCCAACAGUUGUCGCGAUGCGUUCUGCGUCGCGCCCCGAGAACAAGCUGGAUGAGCGUGUCCCACCUCGCUUUCCGACGGCAGGUUUCAAGUUCGAGCCAACCACCGGCAGCGUGGAUUGGCAUCGAGUCGCAACAGCCAAUGUGUCCAAGAUUGAAAGAGAGGGAGACCUGCAGACACUCAGACAGUUUCUUCCGGAUGUAGCCGUCGGAAAGGUAGACGACGAUGACAACUUCGACACCAAUCCCGGCCUCUUGAACGCGUUUCGACUGGCGCAGCUUCAAGCGCAGUACGUGCUCCACUGCCAGCAGGUCUUGCAACGGCAGUUCAUCAGCCUGCAAACGGCAGUGGCUGGUAUGGAGUUGGAGACGGAGGGGAACUUGCAGGGAAUCAAGGCAAUGAAGAACAGUGCGCGCCUCCUUCGAAAGGAAAACCGAAAGCAGGACAAGAUCAUCAAUGGCUACGCGGCUAUGCUAAGAAUUCACAAUCCAGGUCUGGCUUCGAAGGUGUUCUUGGACGACAAGGGAAGGCUAAAGGCUCGCAGGUUGGACGAUGCCGCUCGACGUCGGGAUCGUGGGAGGCGUCCAGAGAGACGAAACCGUCGCCGUUGCCAUCGAGAGAGAAGCGCCGGCAAAACGACGGAAGACGGCGAAACGCCAAGCAACGAGACAGAACAAGGGGCUUCUCCAGCCGGCAGCGCUCUCUCUCAGGGGAACGGCAGCGAUUGGUCAAAAGCAGGGGGCCCCGCUCCAAGAAUCGGCAGGGGGCCUCGACCUGGUAGCACCCCCAUGACUACAACUACCGCGUCAUUCAAAUACCGAGACAGCGGCUUCUCCCUGGGUAACGGCCGGGAGCUGGAUGAGGGUCAUGUGGCGGCACCGACCGACAUUCGGGAGGCACUUUUUGUAGAAGGGGGUCGGCCUCCGGACGUGAGGAAUGGCAUCGGUGAACACGUAGAGUCCCUUGGUGCUACUACUGCCCGCGGCGGCGGCGGUCGUGGUGAUUUCACUCACAGCAGCACUCGACUGGACGCUGAAGGGCAGGACUCAUGGACGGCAGGCUCGUCCUUGUCUCGCGGUAGGGAGGGCUUCGGGGUCGAGCCGCCGGUACCCGGAGUUCGUGGAUCGAGCGGUGCGGCGGGGGCACGCCCAGAAAGCGGCGGCGGCGGCGGUAGCACCCUUAGCCUAGCUGGAACAGAUCAUCGCACUGGCAACCGACCGAUUGUGGUAGCAGGAGCGGGCGAAGAGAGAGGUAGCUCUGGCAUCAAUGCCGAAGUCUACGCCGGGUCACCUACGGCCAGACCAGCAACGGGCCCCCGGGCGAGCCGUUCUCAAGGCGAUGAUUCUGUUGUGGGCUCGAACGCUGGGGGCGUUGCGAACGACGACAGUCUCGCAUGCGAUGGAUGGAGGGGGACAGGCUCCGGUUCUCCAAUGCGCCGGGGCGGAACUUCGAGAUCGGGCGAGGAGUUCCAUGAUGACAGGCGUGUGUCCGGAGAGGGCCUGAGCGGGGUCGACCGCUCGCCGAGAGUGGUGACCGUUGCGGUCAAGUCCAAAAAGACUCGACCGACUUCGGCUGGAGAGGGACGAGAGGGACGCAGCACGUCACCGCCCCCGCCGCAGCCACGGCAUCGUCGACCAGAAGCUAGCGAUAGCGAUAACGCCGUGUCUGACCAGGCCGAUGGCCGUGGUGAGGCCUCCCUCGUGAAGCAAGACGCGGAAGCCAUACGCCGCGAGAACGAGAGAAGGAAAACGGGAACGUUUCCUGAGAACAAAACGACGGCUAGGCACAGCAGUGGGCGGCCGACCACUUUGAGCGGCGGGGAGGACGUGGCGGGAGCUGCCACCGCAUGGCUCCCAGGGAGCGGUGGGACCAAACUGAAACAGGAGAAUCUUGACGUUACCGUUCCCGAUUCCCCGUCUCUCGUCACGAAUGCGGCAAGGCUCGGUCUUGAGGGGGACGAGUUUCCUGAUGUGUCGGACUUCGACGUGGACGACAUCUCGGAGAUUGAUGCCGGCGGAGAAUGGCCAGCAAGUGCUGCUGGGUCAGGGUCCCUGUCUUCUUAACUCUUCUGUGUGCAUUCGCAACGCAGCUUGCCUUAAGCAAUUGCGCUGGUCCUCUACGAGAUUCUCGGUGGCAUGUUUUUUGUAUGUGGUGUGUCAGCGUAAUGAUACGGGACGGUUCGUAGUCCAUGUCUCCUCGACUACUCUUGAAAUGUAUAGUCUAGUCCAUCCCUUGUACGCGCUUUCCGUGUCGUCAGGUCAAUUUAGCACCGGCGGCAGAAAAGUUGCCGUCUGAGCCAUCAUCUCUUGCACGUCGGUCGAGCUCGUCGCGGAUUGUCCGCUGAAGGACGUGGUGAAUCCAAAACGCGUUUACUAAGGCAAAGGCUUCCUUUCGGGCGACUUCGUACGCCCAAAGCAUGCCGGGCCGAACUCCGGCGGGUAUGGUCCAGGUCACAAGAAGAAGUGGGACGAAAAAUAUCGAUUUCCCCGUCAAAACGAAGGGACAUGAGUCUGAGAGGGGACAAAACUACUACUUCUAUUUGGGUGGUUGAGGAAACCUCAAAGGUCGCCCAACGCGGCGGGCGCGUUCUACCCGCUCCGAGUAAGGUCUCCUGGAAACUUCCUUGCCUUGUCAAUCAUGACGAUCGCAGCGUCUACUUCAGCGCGGUCGGCGUGCCAGACGUCUGCUCCUCGCCUCCGACCACCCUACGUCCGUCCACCUCCGUGGCACUAGCGGUUCGAAGGCGUACCAAGCCACGCUGCUACGCAUGGACGACGUGGAGGACCCAUUUAUUCACCCCCGUCCGCUGUCUCCCUUUCCCUCACCACCUUUCUUGUCAGGCAGGUCUCUCUUGCCUGCGGACCACCUGUGUCUAUCUAGGUGUUGUGAGGAAAUUGGUGCUGUCUCGCCAGCGGGACUUACCCCCUUUGGCGUUGGCCCCCG